AUGAUUGGAAAAACUGGGAACAGCUCCACAAGCCUGCCGACGAUUGAAUCACUCAACAUUUGCUGGUUCAGAAUAGUGUUAGACGAAGCUCAUAUGAUCAGGAACCGGAGUGCAACAAGGACACAGCUUAUUCAACGCCUUGAUGCCAAAUUUUUCUUAUGUUUGACUGGGACGCCGCUGCAGAACCGCUUGACAGACCUCCAAAGCCUUUUUCAACUAUUGAAGAUGAAACCAUGGAGUGAAGAAUGGAUAUGGAGUAAUUUCCUAAUACCUAACAUAAAUUUUGGCUCAAGCCAAGCCAUCAAAUCCUUAAACCGACUCAUGGACAGGAUAUGCUUGAGGAGAACAAAGGAUGUCUUGUUGAAUCUUCCACCAAAGACCGAGCGUGCAGUUGUGGUUCAUCUCAGCUCCGAUUGGCAAAAAAUAUCGCACGAACUCCAUCAGACUUUUGUGCAGAGCUUUGGACGUUUACGAACCUCGGCAGAUGUUUGGAAUUCUGGUGAAUUCUUCCGGCAACUCACAAGGAUCCGACAAUUUUGUAAUCACCCACUUUUUGCUAGAGAAGAGAUCUAA